GAAAUAUAAGAAACAAAAUGAGACCUUUCCAAAGCGUCUAUCUUUUCAAGAGCCUGCUUGCCAGUUGCUACUGUCAUGGUCAACUUCACAGCUGUCUUCUCCCUCCUGUUGCAAAGAAGAUAGGUUACAUGGUGGGACUGCACAACUGUGGAUUUUGGAGGCCAAAAUCUUUAUUGGACACAGCUAGAUUCACUCUGUCUUUUAACAGUCAGCAUAGGAAAAAACAUCAGGAUUCUCGAGCAUUGUGGAAGCAUGAGGCUGUGCAGAAGUAUCUGGAGACUCUAAGCAAGGAAUACCAGCAGGUUAGUCAUCUGUUAAAUGUUGACUCAAUAAAUGACUUUGAGCAAAGAACCCUGAGGAGGCGAUGUGCCAAUCUGUCCCCUAUUGCAGCUGCAUUUCAAGAAAUCAAAGAGGCUGAAAGAGAAGUUCAGGAGUUAGAAGCUAUGUGCAGAGAGCUAGACAACAGAGAUGAGAAACAACUUCUAGAGCUUGCCUUAGAAGAGAAGGAAACCCUGGAUAAAAAAAUCAACAUGUUGUGCAGAAAGCUUUUCCAGCUUCUAGUGCCAAAGGAAAAAUAUGAUAGAAGUCCUGUCAUAUUAGAAGUGACAGCUGGCAGAACAACAGGAGGAGACAUCUGCCAACAGUUCACUAAAGAAAUGUUUGAGAUGUACCAGAACUAUGCAGAUUAUAAACGUUGGACCUUCGACAUUGUGAACUAUACACCAGCUGAGAUAGGUGGCUUGCAUCAUGCCGCUGCUCAUAUUUCGGGAGAUGAUGUCUACAAGCAUCUGAAAUACGAAGGAGGGACUCAUCGAGUCCAGCGAAUCCCUGAGACGGGCCUGUCAUCAAGAAUGCAGCGUAUUCAUACUGGGACAAUGUCAGUUAUUGUCCUUCCUCAGCCAGAGGAGGUUGAUGUUAAAGUGGAUCCCAAAGAUUUGCGAAUAGAUACAUUCAGGGCCAAAGGAGCUGGAGGGCAACAUGUUAACAAAACUGAUAGUGCUGUGAGAAUUCUGCACCUCCCCACAGGACUAGCAGUUGAGUGCCAGCAGGAGCGAUCACAGCAGAUGAACAAGGAAAUAGCUCUGCGGACACUGAGAGCAAAGCUGUACCAGCAGAUCAUUGAAAAACAACUAAAUCAAGAGCAGAGUGCCAGAAAACUGCAGUUGGGAACAAGAGCCCAGUCAGAGAGAAUUCGCACUUAUAACUUCACCCAGGACAGAGUCACUGACCACAGGAUCUUGUAUGAUGCACGCAAUAUCAAGGAAAUUCUGAGUGGGAAAGAAGCACUGGAUAAGCUCAUCAACAGACUACUGGAGUUUGCAGAGAUAGAGGCUGUCACUGAAUAUCUAGAAAAUUUGCAGACUUUAGAAGGAGGAGGCUGCUGAAGACCUUGUGUAGAGUUGAAGCAGAAAUGUUAUGUUCUGUAGCAAAAUGAAACAGGUGCAUUUCUUAGAUAGUAGGUUGAUUAAAAUCCAUGUUUCUAUUUUUC